AGUCCAGCUGUCCGUCACCAAAAAGCGACUCUGUGCUGCGGGGCUGCCUCGACCGCCUCGACCGCCCUCGCCAGCGCCAUACGCGCGGUAUUUUCCACUGUAACUCCUCAAAGUUCCGCUGUACCGUGACGUUCCCUCGACUCGGAGCCGUUGGCGUCAUUGUCAUUGUUGAAUGACUGUCUGUCGUUGUUGUCAUUCUGACCUAGACAAGACUCGGACACGAACAUUACUGCCAUCAGUGGCAGAAUCAGCCAUGGCAGAUAGGCCGAUUGCUUCGCUGAACGAGGAUCACACAGCUCCUCGUGUACAGAAACAGCACGUAGCGGUUAUCAGACAAGAUCCACAUCCCCGCCCUCGCGCUGCGCGAAAACCGGUAUACGCAUCUGACAAGAAGGCCAUUUGCGAACUACAUUCGUCGCAUCCUGGCAUAACACAUCAACAAAUCGCCGACCGAAUUGGGGUCAAUAAGACCACGGUUACUAGGAUCCUCCAGCGAAAGGAAAGAUGGCUGAGGUCGAGGCAUGUCGAAGGCCUCAAAUUUGCACGAAAACGGGUCGUCAAGUAUACAUAUGUUGAAGAGGGCUUGCAGGAUUGGUUGGGAGAUUGCAUGGAUGAAGGCAAGAUCGUGACCGACAAAAUGAUCCGAGAUAAAGCCUUAGUAAUAGCAGAGGACGAGGGAAUGAGGGGGGGUGACGGUGGACAUCCAGUCUUUUUUCAUUGCGGACGCACAUGGCUGCGCAAGUUCAAGGAGCGUUUCGGCAUCAUUGACGGUGUCCCUACGCGCCUUGGUUACACUGCAACCGAUUUGGCUAGAGAGAGAGCGUAUGGCUACUUUCCGCUGGAUCUCCGCUUUUGGGCUCAGCUGCCGGACGAGCAUGGAAAUAUUCCGGAGCCCCCGCCUAUCACCAGAAGCAAGUUGGACGAUAUGGACCGCGAGAUCCACGGCCCUUUCGUUAUACUCAGGCCGCGUGCAGCACCUGCAUCGACGUCGCAACCAGAGAUGGUUCCGCCCGACUCAACCUUGUCUCCGAACGAUCAUGCGAAUCCAUCCGGAAUGCCUGGGCCCAGCGUCAUCCCACUCCCCUCAGACCAAUAUUUGCAGCAGGAAAUCGGGGCGUCAGGCAACGGUGCUUGGUACCCCCCGAUAAACUUGGGUGUUGGCCAAUCAUACCAGGGGCCGAACUCCCAGAGCUCCUUUCAAGAGUCCUUCAUGCGCGGAACACCGCUCUAGACGUAGUACCGUCCACUAGCUGGCAUCGACUACCGUCUACCUCCUGAUGAGAUGACGAUGCCUGUUUUCGCGUUCCCAAGACCCAAUUCCCCUUUGAUCGUCCAC